CGAGUGACUUGUCGAUACGUAUCGAACCGAUCCAGCGGGUAAAAGCGCACAACUUGUUUUGAUUUCGUUCCGUACUAUGUAGACAGUGUGUAUUUUAUUAUUAUUAUUGUAGUACGCAUAUGUGUAUUAAUGUAAAUAAAUGUAUAAAAGUGCACUGUCACUCUAAUAAUUAGAAAAACGUGAUGUAAAUGAAAAUAGAUGUAAAGGAAUCAAAUUUGCAUGAUUUAAAACUUUGCGGUAUAUACAUGAUGAGAUAAUCUAAAAAACACCUAAAGUGAAUUACAAAUGGAGAGAUGAUGAGAAAAAAGAGUGAGAAAUUAUAUGAAUUCUAAAAUUUUUAAAACAGCAAAGCAAAUGAAAACUACUAGUAUAAUGCAAUAAAUUAAAAAACAUUAAUGUACAAAAUGCAAGCAGAAGUAAAUAAAAUAUUGAAAAAGGCAUUGCAACAAGCUAAGGAAUACGACAGGAUUGGAAAUAUUGGUAAAGCUUAUGCAUGUUAUAUUGCUGUAGCAGAAUUGUGUCCUGCAAGAAGGUCAGAAAUUGAAGAACAAUUUACAGAUGUACUAUGUGAAUGGGGUAUACAAUUAGCAGAAAGAAACAGAUUUACAGCUGUUAUACAGUGUUACAAACAUUCCUUGGAUAUUUAUCCAAACAAUCCUCGCAUGUUAAAUAAUUUUGCUGCUCAUUUAUUGAGAAAUAGUGAUCCGUUAAAAGCAAUAGAAUAUUUGAAAAAAGCUCUAAAAGUCAAUUCCAACUUUUUACCAGCAGAACGAAAUUUGCAAAAUGCAUACAGUAUGGCAGUGGAUAGAUGGCAUUUUACAAUGCUCAAUGACAAGAAGAGAAAUAGUGCUUUUGAGCAUGCCAUACGCAGAAGAAUUAAUCAAGGAUAUAAUACUGUAUUGGAUGUGGGAACAGGAACAGGUCUCUUGAGUCUCUAUGCAAAAGAUGCAGGAGCUAAAAAAGUUUAUGCAUGCGAAUGCUCUGAAGUAAUGACACAAAUUGCAAAGAAUGUGUUUGAAUCUAACAAUGUUAGCGAUAUAAAAUUAAUACCGAAAUCGUCAUUUGAACUUGAAAUACCUUCAGAUAUUCCAGAAAGAGUAAAAUUGAUAGUGACCGAAACUUUUGAUGCUGGAUUAUUUGGAGAACUUGUGAUUCCAUCUAUGAUUAAAAUGCAUAUGAGUAUUCUGGAUUCCGAUGGUAUGAUAGUACCUAUGAGCGCGACAGUGUAUGUAGCAGCUAUUGAAUGUGAAUAUAUUAGACACAAAUCAUCAAUGAUUUUUGACAAACUGUCGAAUAACUGUCCUUUAAGUUUUGCCAAUAUAUGUGUAUUAUCGGACGAUGAAUAUUACGAUACAGAAAAUCUGGCAAAAGUUCAAAUUAAUUACAUUACAGAGCCAAAAGUGCUCUUUAACAUAAAUUUUAAUAAUUUAUUAGAAUUGCAAGAAUUUUAUUGCAAGGAUGGAAUAAAACAGAUGUUGGAAGCAAAGUGCAGGUACACUGGUAUGAUAGACGGUCUGGUUGCUUGGUUUGAAUUGCAUUUAGACGAGAAGAUUACGCUAAAUUCCUCGGAUGGAGAAUCCUGUUGGCAACUCGCGGUUUUCCCGACGAUACCCAUCACAUGUUCUGAAAACGAUUUCUUGACGAUAAAGGCGGAAAUGUCUAACAGCAGACUGAAAUGUUCUUAUAACAGAAAAAACAAUCUAAUUGAUUGUGAAUUAUAUAAAGUAUAUCGUCUGCCAAAGGAAAUGAUUGUCUUUCUGAAUGACUUCAGUUACAUCAAAUUGCUCAUCGAAAUAAGUAGACACCAAGCAAGUAGAAAAAUUCAAUAUAUUUUGGAUACCUCGCCUUUUCCAAUUUACGGACUAACACUUUUAAAAGAAUGUAAAGAUAGUGAAAUUUUGUACUAUAAAACUGAUGAUUCAAGGCUCAAGUCUCUCGUUGAACAAAUAGCUCGAAAUAACGGACUUGAAAACAAAGUAUAUGCGAUAUCAAGCUAUGACGAAAUUCAAGUUUCUCUAGAUUCUAUAUUUGUUCACAAUUUUGAUAUGAAGGGUGAAUUGAAAGACGAUCAGAAUUGCUGUUACGAAAUUUUCAAGCACUUACUUAACCCAAACGGCGUGUUACUGCCAGAAAAAGUUUUUCUUAUUGGACAAUUAGUGUAUUCUGAAGACUUACCUAAUAUGGUUUGUGUACAAGAUGCGAAUCUUCAAAGAUCAUCUCGUUUUGUUUAUACUGACACGAGCUCGGAAAGCGAAGACGAUCUACAUAUACCACGUAAUAUACCUGAUGAAAUAAAUCAAAGUACAAAUUACAAAAUUGCAGAAUAUAUUAAUAAAUAUAAAAUCGAUCAAGUGUUUGAUUUGAAUUUAAGUUUGUAUUCGUGUGAAGUAUCAUCCGAGGCACGAAAGCUGAUAGAAAUAAAUGAGAUGGAAACUACCGAAGCACUUGUAAACUUUGGAAAAAUAGAUAGCACAAACGUGAAAACUUUACCAAAUGCUUUGAUAUGUUGGUACAAAAUUCUACUUGAUUCGGACCAUACACAUGACACGAAAAAAAACAACUCCUUUAUGAAUCAUACCGCAAUCGUUUUUGAAGAUGAAUUAAAAAACAUUAUUUUGAGAGACAAAGAAGUAAAGGUUAAAAUCUAUCAAAUGAAAGGUUUAGUGAAAAUUUCAUUAUUAAAUUUGUAAAAGUUUACAGGAAGAAUAUUAAACUAUAUUUUAUAAUUUUA